CCCAAAUUGGUCGUUAUUGAGGUAAGUUUCCUGGGUCUUUUAUCGUUUUAGUCUCCGGAAUGCGUUGUAAUUUAACAGAUGCUUGUAGCUUAUUGACUACUUCCUAAACUGGACGCAUCGCAACUGUUAAUAUCACAUGCUUGGAUUCAUGCUACCGCCAUCUGCGAAACAUCUAUAACUUACUGGGUUAUUACUGUUCCUGUUAAAACCCUACAACUUAGUCGCAUUAAAGUUGGUAAUCUACCUCAGUCAAAGUUGUACAUAACGCAAAAAUCCAAAUUUGCAGAAAAGUAUGGCAUACUUUUGUCUCACAUGCGAUUUCCAUCACAUAUACCUGAGUCAGUGCUUUUAGAUUACGUUUAUAAGUUGAAUUCUGAUUCAUCUGUGCACGGUAUCACUUUACAAUUACCGUUUGAUUCCGAUUCAAAUAUUAAUGUUACUAAUUCACUGAAUGCUGUUGCUACUCUCAAGGAUGUUGAAGGUCUAAAUGCUUAUAAUACAGCUGUAUUAAGUCGUGGGGAUAUACUAUGUCCUCACUGUGAAAACGUAAAACAACAGCAUGUUCAUAUACCUUGUACAGCAGCCGCAUGCUAUGCUUUUAUUCGUCAUGUAAAUUUUCCUAUAAUUGGUUCACGCUGUGUAAUCAUUGGUGGUGGUCGUCUUGUUGGAGCACCCACAGCGGACUUGUUGUCACGGUCGUGCGGUGCAACAGUUAUACAAUGUCAUAUACAGUCAAAUAAUAUUAACGAAGAAAUUAAGCGAGGUGAUGUUGUCAUCUCAGCAGUUGGACAUCCAAGAUUAAUAAAGGGUGAAUGGAUUAGACCAGGAGCAUUGGUAAUUGAUUGCGGCUAUUCUGUUCUGAAUGAUCCUCAAAAUCCAAACAAAUCACGAUGUGUCGGUGAUGUAGAAUUUGAAACAGCUAUAGAAAACGCGAAGUGGAUUACACCAGUUCCAGGUGGUGUUGGUCCAGUUUCAAUCGCUAUGUUAUUUCGUAAUACUGUGAAUAGUGCUAAAUGGUCUGUAGGAUUAAAUAAUUCCAUAUGUUCUUGUCCAAAUUAUUGUGAAAACGAUAUCCUAUUUAAAGAGCAUGUUGAUAGAAAAGUGUCUACAUAA